AUGGAUUCGGAUUUCUAUAAAGAAAUUAAAGAUAUCAUAGAUUUGAUUUAUUAAUAGAUAGCUAUAUCACGGAAUAAAUCAUUAAUAUCGAAAUUAAAUGAAAGAAAAGAAUAAAUUUAUGCAUCAAUUCCUCAAGCAUAGAGCAAAAUUCUAUUAAAUUAAUAAAAUCGAGAGUUUAUAACAAAAUAUUUAGAUAAGUUUGCUUAAUUUGUGAGUAAUCAAGAUAAUUUGGUGGAAUAAGGCUUUUUUAAGCUGAUUAGACAAUCGCAAAAAUCAAAAUUGUAAAAUAUAUUUGCUAAAAAAUUUACCCAAUUACCAUAAUACUUCAAAAAUCUAGAGAGUCAAGACAUAUCAGCCACUGGCUUUAUCAAUAGUCAAGAUGUAGCUCAUAGCAAAAUUCCCGUUAAUUUUACUGCAAGCUCAUUCCUAUUAGACAAUGAUAUCGAUUAUGUUGCUUGCAUUACAUUAAUAUUCAAAGAUAUUUGCGAUGAAGAAAUAUUCAUUCAUUCGUUAAGUACACAGAAAUUGCUGAAGAAGAUCCCAGAGUUAAAUUAAUUUGAAUAUUUAAAAAUCUUGAAAAAUUACUUAACAAUCACUGUUGAUCAACAACAAAAUAUAAUAACUUUAGAACCUUUAGAUCCAAUUAUUCAAUAUUCACCCUUAUUUAAAAUCAAUUAAAACGAGAAACAAUAAGAAUUCUAUUUAUCAAAGGAGAUGGAAAUCAUCUUGAGUCCUACUUAUAAAAUAAAAGUAGUAGACAUUUUCAACAAAGAAAAUAAAGCUUUAAAUGAUAAUUUCAUAACCAAAAACCUGAUAAAUUAGUAUGAUAAUACCUUAUUGAUUAAAAAUGCAGAAAAUUAUAUCAUUUUAUAACCUUAGGAGUAGAAUAUUAAACAUGAACCAAUCAUCAUUUUUGAUCUUAAGGGAUCAAUUUUACUUAAUAAAGUUUUAAAGUUGUAAAAAGAAAUAUCUGUCAAACUUAUUCAUGAUGGUGUUGGAUUUCUAUUUGAAGAAUUGACUGAGAGAUCCAACUUUUAUACCAGUUUAUCAUACUAAAGUCCAGUUUAUUCAAAGACCAAGAAAAUUAAUCUCUGUUUAGUCGUCAAAAAUCAAUUAAGAAUUUAAAUUGACUCAGAAUGUGGGUAGUUAUUUUUCGAUACAAACGAAUACAAUAGAAACUUGUUUGAUUGA